GACGAUACUGACGUGUGGAGUGUGAUAGAAGAUGUGAAAACAAACCGAAAUAAAAUUAAUUGUUAUAAUUAUUGUUCAGAUGUCUGUAUUGGAUGAUACUCUAAAUUCAGGUAUGUUCUGGUUUGUACUUCACUAAAGCAACCCAACCAUGUCCUUGCCUCUAGCGAGGCGCACUCCAACUACCGUUGUCACUAGCAGCUAUUGUAGACAAGCAUCCAAGCUAUCAACGUCUCUAACUUAUUGUCAGGAUCUUGUCAAGAAACGUGACUACGAGCACUAUCUGAGCACUUUGUUGGUGCCGAAGGAUGCACGGGCCGGUGCAUUUGCAGUGCGGGCUUUCAACAUCUCCAUUGCCUCGGUGAGGGAGAAUUCGAGUGAUUCCAAUAUUAGCCGGAUGCGCUUGAUGUUCUGGAAGGAGAGCAUUGAUCAGAUCUACAAGUCGGGCAAGCCACCUGAGCAGCCUGUCCUCGCCUUGCUGGCUGCUGCCAUCAGGGAAUACAAACUGACAAAGCAAUGGUUGAACCAGCUUAUAGCCAGUCGGGAAUCUCGCCUUUCUGACAACCCAUUCAGCAGCAUCAAUGAAGCUGAGCGUUACUUUGAUGACACCCUGUCGCCUGCAUUGUUCCUGAUACUGCAAUGCCUUCGAGUGCAGAGCGUUGACGCUGAUCAUGCUGCUAGCCACUUGAGUAGAGCGCAGGGCUUGGUAUUGCUGGUGCGAGGUAUACCCUACUUUGCUCAGCAGAGGAAGGUGCUGCUGCCAAUGGACCUCUGUGUGCAUCAUGGCCUAACCCAGGAGAGCAUCGUUCGCAGAGAAGUAGAGCAGCCGCUACGAGAUGUGGUCUAUGAUAUAGCUGGCCAAGCACACAUACAUUUGGAGAAGGCAGUGAAUAUGCGGGAACGUCUUCCCAAGGCAGCCCUGUCAGCAUUCUUGCCAGCGGUGCCCUGUCGACUCUACUUGGAUACUUUGCAACGUCGCAACUUCAACCCUUUUGACCCGGUGUGCUCGAGGCGCGAGGCAAAUCUCGCUGCAAAAAUGGCAUGGAAGAAGUUCCGAGGUGCUUACUGACUGCCCACACUACACACACAUCUGUAAGAGUGUGUGUGUACAGUAUCACUGUACAGUGUACAGCCAGCUAUACAUGUGGUGCUGCUUGGACGGUGCCGCUGUGAUACAGAUGUAAGGCAGCACCUCACUCAGAUUUGCCGGACGUUACGGCGCUCCGGUCGAGCCCUGGGAACCGCUAACACUGCUACCCUGAUAUGGAGAUGUGCUUUGAUUCAAAGUAUUCCUGAUGAAGUACAUCAUCAUGGUUCCCACGACAGGCAUUGGACCACUUGUGCCCUUCUGUCAAAUCCGAGAUACAAGCUUCUCAAAAAUUGUGUUUUACCGCUCUCGUUGCAGUCAGUCCGCCUGCAAACGGACACACAAAGAAGUACUAGCAUAUGCAAUACCAGGCCUCAAGCUAUUGCCCGUGUGCCUUGUCUGGUCUGCACUGUAGUACCCUAAACUAUCAUUUUUUACAGUAACAUUCACAAUCACAGUCUCUACAGCCUGCCAUUAUUUUAAAAGAUGGUGCUUGAUAUUUAUUCAAUAGAUUUACAAGAUUUGUAGUCAAUCAAGGCUCACUGGUGGUGAGCAAUUCAUUGUAUGUAAUAGAAGAGUUCAUAUUCACCAAUAACAACUCUAAUAUAAAGUAGAUAACAAUGUGCAUAGAGUUCUUCAAAGGAUACCUUCCAUAUCUCUUAGCCAUGCUUCUCAACAGCUAUCAAGUGCACAGAGCAUAUAGUUGCAUGAACUUCAAAUCCAGUUGCGUUUGUCCUUUUCCCUACUUGAAGUGGUUAUUAUCACUAUAGGGUGAACAUUUGAUAUUAUUAUACAUGGCAUUUCACCAGAAGCAAAACACUUCCAGCCAGGCUAAGUUUUCAAAACUAGCUGCAAAAAGAUGAACGUCUUUAAAGAGUAUUUUAAAGUUGGCGAGGAUUGCAGUUGAA